AUGGCCAAAAAGUUAUUGGCAGGCAACGAUGUAGCAGAAUGGCGCAAGGCGUUGUUUGGAUACAACAAGGCUAUAACUGCCCUUGCAGCAACCAAAAAGAAGGCAGUAUCUGGCAUUGACCUUGUACACCUCGACACAUGGAAACUCACUCUUGAUGCCAAUACACUUUACGAUAAAGCAACAGUAGUAAAAAUCGUUCAAUGGAAGUUAUUGAGAGGAACUUAUCGACCGAAUUUACUGAAUCGGGUCAUGUCCAACUCGGUCGAGUCGAUCCAUUCAGCAAUUUCGGCUGCUCAACACCACUUGUUAAAAGUAGGAUCUUCGAAAGAGGAUCACAAGAUGAUUUUGAGUGCAUUGGAGAGUCUUUCGGAAUUGGCGGGAAUAGGUCCAGCAACUGCCUCGGCGAUAUUGUCUUGUAUGAGCAGCGCUGUCCCUUUUAUGUCAGACGAGGUGAUUGGGUCACUACCAGGAACGGAUCCAAAGAAAUUGAAAUACACGUUCAAGCAGUAUAGAGAGAUACUGGAGACACUAACGGCCAAGUCUAAUGCACUCAAUAAAGCAGAUACUAUGGAAUGGAGCCCUCGAUCGGUUGAACGUGCAUUAUGGACGUGUCAAGUCUUGAAUAACCUUGGGCUAGCAUUGGAUGUAUCUGAUGAAUCCGUGGAAGAGGCAAAGCAUGAUGGUAAUAUUGCAUUGGACACGAAAACCGAACUUGCACUUGAUGCAUCCACUGUUCCUGUCAAGAUGGGAAAGAAACAAGACAGUAUUUCAGCAACUGAAUCUAAACAGAAAAGCGUAGAAAAGCAGACAAGAAAGAGAGUUGCUGAUUCAAACCCAAAAGACAAGCAACCUGUUCGUAGAUCCGCCAGAUAUCAAUAA